ACUACGCGUCGCCUGCAGCCCCCUCUCGCAUCCUCACCCGGGCAUUGCUGCACCGGGGGACCGAGCUGCGGCCCGGCCAGCUCCAAGGCGGGGACGCCGCGACGGGAACUUAAGGCCCAAGAGGGAUGUGAAGCCCCAAAAUGACCCUGUUACCGGGAGACAACUCGGAUUACGACUACAGUGCCCUGAGCUGCACCUCAGACACCUCCUUCCACCCAGCCUUUUUCCCACAGCGCCAGGCCAUCAAAGGCGUCUUCUACCGCAGGGCCCAGCGGUUGCGCCCGCAGGACGACCUGCACCAGGGUAGCUCACUUGGGGACCGCAGGCGCCAGAUCAUCAUCAAUGUGGGUGGCAUCAAAUACUCGCUGCCUUGGACCACGCUGGAUGAGUUCCCGCUGACGCGGCUGGGCCAGCUCAAAGCCUGCACCAACUUCGAUGACAUCCUGAGCGUGUGUGACGACUAUGAUGUGACCUGCAAUGAGUUCUUCUUCGACCGCAACCCUGGAGCCUUCGGCACCAUCCUCACCUUCCUGCGGGCUGGCAAGCUGCGGCUGCUGCGGGAGAUGUGCGCCCUGUCCUUCCAGGAGGAGCUGCUGUACUGGGGCAUCGCCGAGGACCACCUGGACGGCUGCUGCAAGCGCCGAUACCUGCAGAAAAUCGAGGAGUUCGCCGAGAUGAUGGAGCGGGAGGACGAGGAGGAGCCUCUGGACAGCGAGGACCCAGACACUGAGGGUCCGUCCACCAGUGAGGGCCGCCUGGGCCGCUGUAUGAGGAGGCUGCGGGACAUGGUGGAGAGGCCACACUCGGGGCUGCCUGGCAAGGUGUUUGCCUGCCUGUCCGUUCUGUUUGUCACCGUCACCGCCGUCAACCUGUCUGUUAGCACCCUGCCCAGCCUGCGGGAGGAGGAAGAACAGGGCCAGUGUUCCCAGAUGUGUCACAACGUCUUCAUCGUGGAGUCCGUGUGCGUCGGUUGGUUCUCCCUUGAGUUCCUGCUGCGGUUCAUCCAGGCGCCCAGCAAGUUCGCCUUCCUGCGGAGUCCACUGACCCUCAUCGACCUGGUGGCCAUCCUCCCGUACUAUGUCACACUGCUGGUGGAUGGCGCUGCCUCCAGCCGCCGCAAGCCAAGCACCGGGAACAGCUACCUGGACAAAGUUGGGCUGGUGCUGCGUGUGCUGCGGGCACUGCGCAUCCUCUAUGUGAUGCGCCUGGCCCGGCACUCCCUGGGGCUGCAGACGCUGGGGCUCACAGCCCGUCGCUGCACGCGCGAGUUCGGGCUUCUGCUGCUUUUCCUGUGUGUGGCCAUUGCCCUCUUUGCCCCACUGCUCUACGUCAUCGAGAACGAAAUGGCCGACAGCCCCGAAUUCACCAGCAUCCCUGCCUGCUACUGGUGGGCCGUCAUCACCAUGACAACCGUGGGCUAUGGAGACAUGGUACCUAGGAGCACGCCUGGCCAGGUGGUGGCUCUGAGUAGCAUCCUCAGCGGGAUCCUGCUCAUGGCCUUCCCUGUCACCUCCAUCUUCCAUACUUUCUCCCGCUCUUAUCUGGAGCUCAAGCAGGAACAAGAGAGGGUACUGAUCCGCAGGGCCCAGUACCUCAUCAAAACCAAGUCGCAGCUCAGUGGCAUGUCCCAGGACAGUGACAUCUUGUUUGGAAGUGCCUCUUCAGACACCAGGGAUAACAACUGAGGCCAGAAGACAUCCCUGCCCUGCCUGCCAGCUGCGGCUUCAUGCAACCACCGUCACCAACCUGGAGUGCAACCGCCUGGAGACGGACGUUAGCGCUUUCAAGUCCUGCCCUGGCCCGGGACUGACCUGAGUGAGCCACACCACAAGAAGGAUAUGUGCCACAUCACCGAGAGUCCCUGCCCUCCCUCAGAGCCCAGAAGUGAAAGGGAAGCGAGCUGAGGCCAGCACCUCACCCGCCCCAGCCUCACAUCUGUUUCCCACCCUCAGGAGCCGACUGGCUCCUUUCCACAUGUAAAGAACACACAGGGGACUGUGUGGAGAGAAGUCCAGACAGCAGGCGGCCACACAUGACUUUAAUUCGUCCACUGAGAAGGGAAAAGCCCUCCACUGGGGCUCUCGAGGAAGGAGCUAUGUCUCUAAGUGAAGCCAGCAGCAGGGUCGCAGAAGUGAAAGGGCCAUGUUGCUGGGGUCUCGGGGCUAGUGAGACCCCGGUGGGAUGGGAGGAAAGGGAACAGACAGACCUCUAUGGAGACCACCUUGGAUGCUGUGCUCAGCCUCCUGCUGCUCCUGACUCCCAAGCCUGCCCUUCAUCCUGCUUCCUGCUCACCUCCGCCCUGUCCUCUUUUUCUCCUUGAGAGCCCCCUUUCCAGACUCCCCUCAUCCCAGUUGGGGGACACCAUAAGCCGGUCAGCUCUACUGACUUUAUAGGUGAAAUUGCUUCAUUUUGUGGCUUAAAAUAAGUGAGAUUUUAGCCCACUCCAAUUUAUUUUAAUAUUUUUAAAAAAAGCCCUUGAUACACCUUACCAGAUCCUCAGUCUCAACCCACAGUGGGCCAGUGCUUCCUGCAGAUGCAGCCCUGGGAGGUCUUGGGAGUGUGUGGAACCUCCUCUGUGCCCUCAAAGGGAGCCGCUCCCGGUCUCAAAAGCAUAGUUUGUGCACCAAGAGGGACCCUAGGCCAAGUUAGAAGACUCCAUCCCAGCUCACUGUGUGAGUCCUGGGUGCCUGGCACUGAGAGGAAGUCACACAUGCACAUGUACACACAUGCACAUGUAACACAUGCACACACACUUGUCCCCAGCCUCACAGGUGCAACAGCUUCCUUGACUGCUUUAUCCCACAUCCCAGCUGCCUUCUCUCUGUUCAGCAGCAGAAAUUGCGCAUUGAGACACGUCUGGUUCUGACUGUGGGCUGUGCAGCUCAAAUCCCUGCCUGCUGCUACAGUCUCCAGCUUUUCCCACACCUCCACACCUGUCCAGACAGUCCACUGGCCCCUCCUACACCUCCACACCUGUCCAGACAGUCCACUGGCCCCUCCUACACCUCCACACCUGUCCAGACAGUCCACUGGCCCCUCCCACACCUCCACACCUGUCCAGACAGUCCACUGGCCCCUCCCACACCUCCACACCUGUCCAGACAGUCCACUGGCCCCUCCUACACCUCCACACCUGUCCAGACAGUCCACUGGCCCCUCCCACACCUCCACACCCGUCCAGACAAGCCUCCCUUCAGACACACCCAGCCCACCCCAUCUCAUCACGGGCCUUCACCCCUGCAGAGCCAUCAGCUGGAAUGCCCUCCCUACGGAACCUGCAUGGCUAAAUCAUUCCUUUCGCUGCUUCCCUGACCUGAGCACCCACUCCUGCAGUUUCCCCAUUUUCUCCUUCCUCUGCUGGAUCUUCACCAGGUGAAACUCAUUUCUCGGCUCCUGAGCUCUGGUUCGUCUCCUACAGGACCAGCUCAGUUUAUACUGGUAGGGACUCUAAAGCGGUUCCCUCCCUGCUGCCUCCCAGGACCUCAGGCAGGUUAGCACCUAAGAGGUGCUCAGAAAACGUUUUUGAAAAGCAGAAUAAAGGGGAAACAGCAAAAAGGAACAGAGAUGGAAAAUGUAUCCAUUACAGCUUAGAUCUGAACUGUCCCUGACUCUCUAGAGCCAUACCACCCCAAAUGUGCCUGAUCUCAUGUGAAAUGUCACCCAGAAGCUCACAUGUCAAAGACUUGGUUCCCCAUGCAGAGGUGGGACCUCUGGUAAUGGGGUUAUGAGGGCUCUGACCCCAUCAAUGAUGACCCCAUCCACAGCUUUCAACGACCGCUGGGAAGCGGUAGAAACGUAGAGAGGGUGGGGCCUGGUUGGAGGAAGUAGAUCAUCAGAGAUCUGCCCUUGAAGGGUGUGUUGCUCCAGAUAACUCCCUCUUGGUUUCUCUCUGCUUCGGCUCCAGUGAGGGGAGCAGCUGAGUCCCACGACAUACCCCUGUUGGGAUGCUGCCCCUUGAAGUGGGCCAGAAACAAUGGAGGCAAAUGGCCAUGGACUGAGACCGGAAACCAAAGUAAACCUUCCCUCCUUCGAGCUCCUA